AUGGACUGGCUUGCGGGUGUCCCGCCAGAGAUCAGCUGUCUCGUAGUACUGUUGGGAUUCUUCUUGGUAUCCCUGCCUUUCUCAUGGGGUUACAUCGUGUUGAAUAUCGGGUCUGGCUACCUGUUUGGCAUGAGGCUGGGCUUGGCUCUGGUGGUGGUGGGGGCGUCGCUGGGCGCGUGCCUGUCCACUAUUAUGUGCCAUUACAUGUGCAGGAAGUGGAUCGAAAAUCAGGUGGAUCAGAACGGGACGCUGAAAGCGGUGAAGACGGUGAUGCAGGGCCACCACGCGUACAAUCUAGUGCUUCUGACUCGGCUCACACCCAUACCCUUUGGCCUGCAAAACGCACUCUUUUCUCUUGUUCCUCUUGAUCACGGACGGUAUGUAGCGUACACGGCUCUGGGACUGUUCCCAACUCAAGCGAUGAACACAUAUAUAGGAACGCAGCUCAAUGACAUCCAGGAAAUAAUCAACGGCGACAAAACGAUGGAUGUGGUCACGUACAUGAUAUACGCUGUGCAAAUAGUCGCCGGCAUCGUUUUGACAACGGGAGUGUUCUACAAGGCCAAGAUAGAGCUGUACAAAGCCACCCAUGACUACGAAGCGGUCGACUCUCUGGAGUUACUAUCUACCGACGAGGCAGAGCCAAUGGAGGAUAGUUGA